CAGGCCCUCGUCAACCAGAUCGUCGAGGCCGCCUAUCGAGAGAGAUAUGGUGAUCAGUGGCACCUUCAUCUUCAAAAUCAGCACCUGACACCACUCGAGAUCAGACGCAAGCCCGUUGCCUCUAGCCAAUCAACCUCUCGGGACACCAGCCCCGGCGCCUCGUCCCACUAUAGCGGCACUACGAUGAACGAGCACGCUGAGGGAUCUAAGCUGAACACACCGAGUCCCAGCUCCAGCAGACCCGGCUCCCAAAGCCCUCACAGAAGCGAACAUGAAGGAAGCAGUGGCCAAGCAGACCCUUCUACAACAUUUGUCGACGGGAGCAAUCACUCGCAUGUGGUCAACGCCGGGAAUAAUAUGCACCCUUAUGCUGCAAUUUGGCCUGUCAGCUACGAUCCUCCGCCAUACACUGCCCACCGACCUCUUUCUGUUAUCUCGGAGGAAGGCACAGGCCAGACAGCAGUUCAAACAGCAGCUCGACGUGCACUUCUGCUCGCAGCUCAGAAGCAGGUCGUGCCCGUGGUAGUGAACAAGAAUAAGAAGUUGAAGUAUGAACCAGCUCCCCUGAACCAUCUUACUCGAGGAACAAUGCGAAAGAAGGUUAUGGGCACUUAUGAUAUUGAUCCUUCAAGAAGCUCCUGCAGCAUUUUGCCAAGUCAGGUGGAUUUUUUCGAAGGCCCAGCCGGCCUUCCAGCUGUUCCAGCCUGCACGAAAUCGUACAGCCUACAGCCGGGCCUUGCUUUAGUCGAACUAUUCUCCAACGAGAGUGCACAUCGUGGUCUGGACUCAAGAUAUGAGGUCAUUGCAUCAUACUUUGUGAGACAGUGA